CACGCUGCAGACGCAAGCCGAGCGGUCGCCAUGCGAGUAACGACCACAAACGAAAACGAACAUUCCAAAAACAAAAAAUAAUAUCGACUCUGACACCUGUCAAAGCAUUUAAAAAAAUACUCGGGCCGAAAAGAAAAAGUUCAAUCAUACAGCCAGUCCAAGGAUGUGAACUUUUGUUACAAUUCAGUGAACGGAAAUGUGGCUUUUAAUUCAGAAGCAAUAAGUUCGAGUGUUGUGUGGAUUGCGUGAAGGCUAUCUUGUGAAGUUUUGUUUUUAAAAUAAGUUCGAAAAGGUUGACACAUAUGGGAUGGAAGGCUGUGUGAAGGCGGAGGCAGCCUUCGUUUCAUAAGCGGCUAUUAAUAAUUAUAUAGCUCCUUAAACGGUGGCUUCUUUUAAGACUGAAUCAUGUGGAGUACUUUACUGGUUGCGGCGUUUUUCGUGACUGCGAGGUCCAAACAGCUUCCCUCCACGACAGAAAUAUCAACUACAGCAGUAUCCUCGAUAACAGAUCAAGAUUCAGAAUGGUCGGCCGACCUCGCACCCUUGGACACUUUGGCGAUCGCAUGCGAAAAGGACAACAUGCAUGUCACCAUCUCACUCGCACAGAAUCACGCAAAUAGUGUAUACGACACCUUCAACGGCAUAGUGUACCCUGCUGGUUUGGGUAGCAACUCUUCAUGUCUUCGGGAGUAUGUGUCAGCUCGAGGUGAUCUCCAGUACACAGUCCCCCUCAAGGGCUGCAAUACCAUGUCCACUGAUCACGAGGACGGUACAGUAGAGUACUACAACAAUAUAAUAGUACAGCCACAUCUUCGCUUGGUGACUGGUCAAGGAAGAGGUUACCACGUCAGGUGUCGCUACAGGAGACGAGAUCUGACCCUGUACAACUUGCACAAACCUCACGCAGACCGACUCACCAAUGUUAAGGAUGAUUAUGAUACUGAUGAAUUCGACGAAGAAUCUGGUCUGCUUCCAUCAGUUACGAUGAAAAUAUACAAGGGAAAACCUGAGGAAAAACAGGUGGCUUCAAACGUUCGUAUCGGCGACACACUGACACUGGUAGUGUCGUUGGAGAAGCAGCGACAGUUUGGUGUUCUGGUCUCCGAGUGCUCCGUGAAGGAUGGCCUGGGCUGGGCUGAACAGAGUUUGAUAGCUGAUGAUGGGUGUCCAUUAGAUGGUGAAAUAAUGGGACUGUUCCAGUACAGCACAGAUAAGCAAGAAGCACAAGUUUCGUUCCCAGCGCAUAAGUUCCCUUACACCGCCAGCGUUUACUACACUUGCGAAGUAAAACUCUGCGAUUUGAAUCAUCCAACAGACUGCGAACCCUGCUCCCAUAAGCGAGUGCGCAGGCAGUUGGAUGAGGGCUCACCAGCUACCGUGGAGGUGUUCUCCGGUCUAUAUGUCAACGAGGCUGACUCGCUUGACAACGAUGAAGUCACCAGCGAGAAGAAAGAAGAUGAAAUCUGCAUUUCGCAUCGCAACUUCGCCAUCGGUAUCUGCGUAGCUGGAAUCAUAUUGAUGAUAUGCGUCAUAGCUGCAAUAGGAUUCAUUUUAGCAAAGAGAAGGAACCCUAAAACGUACUCCAGGACAGGCAGUUCUUUAUACAGUGGCCCCUACACAAACACGGGUUACUCUCAUACAAGCUAAAGUCGAUCAUUAAAUACUUCAUGCGUAGCAUGUCGUUUGUAAUAAGUUAUUGUACUUUCGCCAUUUAAUCAAACUAAUUCUUAAUAGUACCAAUAGAUGGCGCUAUUCAGCACACUUUUGAUCUAUAGUAGUGAUUAUAGACAACGAAUUAAUAAAUUACAAUAAUUAUUUUAACGUUGUGUUUGAUAAAAAACGUUUCAGUCAUUUUGUAAGUUAGUUUUAUUUAAUUUUAGGCUCUAUACCAUGAAAAUUUAAAUCGAUUGUGAUAAUAUUGCAUUCCGUCCAGUAGUUUUAAGUGAUUAUAAAAGGUUGCCUAACAGGACGUAAAUAUAUUAGAAUAGAUGCCAUAAUAAUUGGCUAUAACUUACUAUGCUCAGAUUAAUUCUCUAGGGGAAAGAGAUCUUAGUCAAAAUGCAAUAUUUUAAUGAAGCUUUAUUUAAAUAUUUUAUUUAUGCUUUAUCACUAUGAUUUGUAUUUACUUUAAACGGUGCAUGGUGGUGGGAAAAUACGUUUAAUAUAUGUGAAAUUCAAUAUGAAAUGGAACUCCUCAGUCUUUCUACAAGAAUUGUUUGUCCAUGUAUGUCAUAUAUUUGUUCAAUAGAUGGCACUAUUAUCCAAAACAUAUAUUUGAUUGUAUAUUUUAUAUAAUAUGACUACUAAUAAUGUAGUUUAACGCUUUUUUACAGAAAUAUUUAUCAAAUUAGAGUCUUAAGUUUGAGACACAAGUCAAUUGUGAUUUUAAUAAAACACGUCAUGUAUGAGCUGUGGGUGUUCAAUAUUUCAAAGUUGACAGCUGUCAAACCUGUCAACAGUGUUACUAGAUGCCAUAAAUAUAAACUAUUAACUAAGAUCGCAAUAAGUAUCCGUCCAUAUAGGUGCUAUAUUUAAUUGUGCUUGCUUUGCUUUAGUUGUUACAACGAAUACUGAUAUGUGUUUCAUAAUUACUUCAUUGUAUUUAACAUGUAAUUUCACAACAAUGGGGUUCUGGAACGAUAUCAGCAAGGUGUGUAUACGAAUUUUUUUAACAAAUAAACUGACUUGAAAAACAAAA